CACUGGGUAUCGCCAUUGUUUUGGUCUGUAUCAACGUCAGGGAGUGCCGCGGAUUAAGGAACAGGAACAGCCGAGACCUGCUUGGUGAUUCUGCCGGACCCCUGCUGGCGAGGGCAGGUGAACUGGUGAGGGGCAGCCUGGAGAGGUGUGACCUGCUGCUGGCUGCUGCCCAUCGCCUGUCUCCUGUUAUGUCAUUCCGUAACAAUUUCUUUAAGGAAAUGGGAGCAGCAGCUGUCACCGAGAUGAAUUCACUGGGUUACUCAGCGCACCAGCGCUCAACAAAUGUGGCAGGUCGCUGGAGGGAACUCCAUUCCCGAGGGUUUCCAGAAGUGUGGAAGCAGAGUAAAGCAAAGUGCAGGGUCAUUGUUGUGGACAAUAUCAUCACCAAUGCCACGCUCAUCAACGAGUGAGGCUAAACGUGCAUUCUUAUUGAUAUUCUGCAGAACUCGAAAUAAUUUCAAACACUCAGCAUCGAACUCUAGUGAAGUUUUAAAUUUUCAUCCUGAUUAUAUGACAAAUCUGAAAAUACUUUUCUUUCCAUUAUUCUCGUGUGGUACCGUCGACAAUAUAAAUAAUAAGAAAAAUAGCUCAAAGCAACGAUUUUUGCUCUCAGGUUCUUGUCCUGGGCGAUGAUGUGGCAGCACCCUGAGACGCGUCUGGUAUUUGUAGGAAAUAUGCAAGAUCUGGACACGUUCUUAAACUACAACGCCUUGCGUAACACCCGCCACGCGUUGUAUGUCGCUCUGCCGCCCAACAAUCCUGGCGUUGCCGCCACAGGGAAUGAUGGUGUGGAGAUCUACCAGCGCUGUUUGUACUGCAACAGAAGCCGCGCUGGAGUGCAGCAACUGCGACGCCGCGGCGAGUACUCCAUGAUGACCGGAAGACAAGUUUUGCUUCCAGAACACAAUGAAGGCUUCAGCGGCCACAGGUUCAAGGUGGUGGCCAUGGAGUACUUCCCCUACAUCAGCUACGAGAGGAUGCAGGGCGCUAACCCAACGCUUCGCUUCAGGGACUCCCUCAACACUCGCAUGAUUACUGUUCUCGCUCAGCAUCUCAACUUCACGUACGAAGUGAUGGAGCCCGAGGACUGUCAAUGGGGCCUGGAAGGGAACGGAGGCAACUGGACGGGCAUCGUGGGCACCCUGCAGCACGAAGAGGCAGACUUCUCCAUGGACCUCACCCUCACGUCUGAAAGGGCAACCGUGGUGGAUUUCUGUCGAGUGUACAUCGAUGAGAAUAUGGUCAUCUUGUCUUCCAAACCUCGACCUCCUCCUGAAUACCUGUCGCUCAUCAAGCCUUUUGAAGGUAACGAGACACCCAAUGCAACAACAGUGAUAGUUUUUGCGAUUAUGGUAAUGCAUGUGAGUUGGGGGGAGGGCGAGGUACACUCCUACUUGAAACAUUUGAUACAUUCAAUACAUCAAUCGAAACUAUAAAGCGAGCAUUCUAAAAUACUGAUUGUAAAACGUCAUAUAGUGACUUAAUACCCAGCGACAAGAAAAAGCCCGAUGCGUUCACUGAACACAUUGAUACGAUAAUGAACCACGUCCAGUAUGCCAGUGACGUUAGAUAAGACGCGAACAUUCCGGGCGCAACGAUCACGCUUCAUUAAUGCCCAUCUACUUAGUAUAGUUACAAAUCAUCUUAGAUAAGAUAACUAUUACUUGUAAGGUCAUAUAAAUUAUGCAGACACAAAAAAAUGCCGUAUCUUACAAGUGCUUAACAAGAGAUUUGAAACGAAUACAAAAGUCUGUUGCACAUUUGAAAACAGCAAUUGAAUACGUAGGUUAAUCAGCAGAUAAGAAUAUUGCCCAGUGACUUACCAUGUCCGCAAGUCUUCAUUUAGAAACAUUUCUGCGCCAAAAUUCGUGACCAGUAUAGUUGCUGUGAACCAAGACGACGCAGAAGCAGAAAAAUAAGAAUAAUAUCUAAGAAGGCACAAGAACAGAAGUAGACGUAGGAAAAGAAGCAUAAUAACAGAAGAAAGGAGGGAAUAGACAGAAAUCAGAAGAUAACGUGGGAAGAAGCCGGCAAGAGCACAAGACAGUCAAAGGGAGAUACAAGAGCAAGUAGCAAGAUUACCAGUACAUAUCGCAAACCGAUGAUUCAAGAGAAGGUACCGAGAACAACAACAAUAUCCAGGCCCAGAAGUUUCCAAUGACUAAUAGACAGAGAAGCAGAAGACGGUAAAAGACAAAUGAGAAUAAGAGAUAUACAACCAAAUACAAGACAAAGAGAAAAUAUCGCAGGACGAGGAAGCAAGAUAGUGAAGCAGAAGACGGCAAGAGACUGAGACGAACAUGAGAUACAUGAACAAAUAUCAAGACAAAUAGAAGAUAUUGCAGGCCGAGAAACCAAGAUAAUGGAGCAGAAGACAGCAAAAGACAAAGACGAACAAGAGAUACAGAAGUAAAUGCCAAGAUUAAGAGAAGCAAAAGAAAGAGAGAGAAGCUUCUAGAACAAACUCCCAUACCCCGAAGUUAUCAGAGGACUAAGAAAUACCAAAACUGAAGACGAUCAGGGGAUGUUGACGUGACCAACAAUACGGCCCAGAGGAUGAUCAGCUGACUAAUAGAUUAACGUAUGAAUAACAGAUAUCUCAAGAAAAAGAGCCAAAUAUCUAUAACUCAACCAUCAGAUUAUGAGGGAGAAAGGAAAUGGGUCAUACGUGAAGAGGCUACUAAAAUGAGCCAUAAUGGUAAUGAUAACAGUUCUGGGCGAGAACGUCGUAAAUGGCGAGAUACAGGCAGCAACUAGGCGCUAGGAAAACGGAAGAAAGCCACUAGAACUCGGAGAGAGGAGUCCUGGAUCUGAGAAGGCCAGACCAGGGCGAGACAAGGAGCAAGAUGGCUCAGCUCACCAGAUUGCUGGUCGUAAGUAGAGCUUAAAAGUUUG